AUGUCUACCGGAGAGCAGCCCAUCGUUCCAAAGGCCAGUCUUUUAGGGCUGCCUUUGGAACUACGUCAGCAGAUCUACCACGAAUACUUUACUGUCCACGGCGGCUACAUUCACGAUGGAGACUCCUGUAAACUCGUACAGGCCAACAAUCAACCGAUCGAGCUAUCGCUGAGGUACGCCUGCCGCGCAAUCGCGCACGAAACUGGGCAGUAUCCGUUCACUCUUAACGCGAUUACAUUCUCGACUGUUUACAGGCAGAACUGGAGAAAGCAAGCCAGAUGGGCUGACUACAUCAUGGAUCAUCACUCCUCGUUCCAAGACGCCAUGCUUCUUCGGCUGAAACGACGUAUUACGCCCGAGAUGUACGAGAACCCUGAUCUAAAGUAUUCUCAGUACAUUCCCAUCAUCAGAAAAGGUCUAAAGAGGAGCAUGGCCUCCUGGGACCGUUUCAGGGACACCGUCCCUGAAGAUUCGGAGGAAACGGAGGAUUCCCGCGCAUUUAAACCCCUCCGAGAGUUGAGAUCCCACCCAGCUACCAGCGGGAGAUGCUGGGGUUCCACGGUCAUAAGCCUCAGUCGCGUAGAUAAGACUAUUUUCUUUUCACGCGCGGUUGACUUUCUUCUACGACAGGUGGCAGAGAAACACCCACGGGAAUUUUCACAAGCAAUUGAAGAGAUUCUACCUGGUUGGACUGAUUCGCAUUCUGUCUCGGAGUUCUUCGGCCUAACCUUUGAUGCAUGGGCAAUACCGCCCGUGGAUGAAGUCAAGAACAAGUUGGAAGAACUACAGUUAAGCUCUUUAUGGCAAACGCCAGACGGGUGGCGCCAGUUGAGUGACAAACUCCCUGGAUAUACUGGUCCCGAGUACCGGUACCAAUACAAGAUGCGGCUCUCAGCUGCAGCUGUUGCCAUUAAGUUCCUGGGUCAGAUCUCUCGGCAGCAGAGACUCUGUAUAUCAAAGCUCGUUUUAAAUGAUGAUAGGAAUGCUAUUAGCAGUCCUGAGUCCCAUGUGCUUGGACUAAUCCCAUUCUUCCAAGAGAAUACAAAGCUGAUAGUUGAACACCGGCUUAACCUAUGGCGAAACAUCCUCCCCACAGGCGCCAACAUAGCCAUCGCGGUAGAAGACCAAGGUCUUGACCUUCAGGGAUGGGACGACGUUCCCAAAACGCACCAAGCCCGGUCCGUUUGGUUUGCCAAAACUGUCACCAAUGUCAUCAUGAAUAUCUCAAAAGCUUUGACAGAAGGCCUGCCUUUGAGAUCUUACUCUCUCACAAUUGAGGGCGAUCCUGAUCUAAAUCACGCCACUGAAUUCUUUUCCACAAUCAUGAAACCCUAUAUCGUCUGGCUGACGGCCAAUACGGAUUGCGUCGCCCAAGGUAUUCUUUUGCCACCGGAACAUUGCAACUAUCCAUUUGAUACCAGAAGCUCGGGCAAAGAGACGACAAUUUUGCGGUCGAACUUCACUCUCGACCAGCCCUGGAAUUACAAGGGGAUCAUCGAAGACAGCGAAGACGAGAUCAUUGGCCGGUCAUUGGAGUCACUCUUGACUGGCUACGGAUUCGAGCCUGAAAUCGUCGACGUUUCCACCGAUAUACUCGACUGGAUGGAGAUCAAGAGAGAAAACUUCCUUAGAGAAGACAUAACAAAGGAGGCCGACGGAGAAACAGCUGCCUAA